AUGGAACACCGCCCUCUCAAGCGCCGCCGCAGCACCUCCAGCAUCAACGAUCACGACAAUUCAAGUGUGAAACGUCAAAAAGUGUUAGCGUCGGUGUUCAAGCAACUUCAACAGACGGCUGAAGAAGUCAGAUGCGCGCUCAACAGUGCGAACUGGUUGUCUGUGGAGGAACGGGUGCGUGCUGCUUUGAUUAUUGAUCAUGUGGAGAUGAUGUCGAGGAUGAUGGAAGAGGGUUAUGAGUUUGGUGAUGGGGAUGAGGAGAUGGAAGAGGAGGAGGAUGAGAGGGAGUAUGAAGACGGAGACGGAGACGGAGACGGAACCGAAGACGAUGCUGGGGAUGUCAUCGAAGAGAUUGCGAAUAAUGGCCUCGACAAUACUUUUGUUGAGGAUGCAAGUGGAUAUUUGGAGGGGGGCGGUAAGAAUGAAGAGAGUGGCAGAGAGGAGGGUGAUGAUGAAGAUGGAGAUGGAGAUAGUGGUGGAGAGGAAGCAGACGAGGAGUUUUACUCGUCGCGGAUUAAGAGGGGAUUAAGCUUUUCAGCGGGUGCGAUGCUUAUGGCAUGCACCGAGAGUGAAAGUGGCUAA